GGAAGAAUACUCCUUACAUUGGUGGUCAGUGGGAAGAAUACUCCUUACAUUGGUGGUCAGCGGAAAGAAUAUACCCUACAUUGGUGGUUAGUGGGAAGAAUUCCACUUACAUUGGUGGUCAGUGGGAAUAAUACUUCUUACAUUGGUGGUCAUUGGGAAGAAUGCUCCUUACAUUGGUGGUCAUUGGGAAGAAUGCUCCUUACAUUGGUGGUCAUUGGGAAGAAUGCUCCUUACAUUGGUGUCAGUGGGAAGAAUGCUCCUUACAUUGGUGGUCAGUGGAAAGAAUAUACCCUACAUUGGUGGUUAGUGGGAAGAAUUCCACUUACAUUGAUGGUCAGUGGGAAUAAUACUUCUUACAUUGGUGGUCAGUGGGAAGAAUGCUCCUUACAUUGGUUGUCAGUGGGAGGAAUGCUU